CGGUGGUGCGCGAGCCCCGCGGCGGUUUGUGGCCGGUGUGUGUGUGUGUGUGUGUGUGUAUAUCUGUUCGGGAGGACGACUUACUUCCAAUUAUCCUCUCUCACACAACGAUUUUCAUCCCGUUUUCAGUGUUCCCGAGAGCGGAGACUUCCAUGGCUUAACGCAGGAUCGUGUCACGGACUUUAUUCGUUUAUGACUUUCUUUUCGGAGGAUUUUUUCUCGUCUCUCAGCGAGCUAAGCUAGUUAUCGAGCUCGCGAGCUAGUACUGGAUUUACGUAUAUUCUCCGCGUAUGAAAGUUCCACAGACCAAACAAUACCUGGAUGAAUCCACUCGGAAUUAUUAAUAAAGUCACUUUGAAUCCGGGCGGCUUGAUAGGAAGAAGAUAAAGGGCCACCGUUACCUCAGCGAAGCUAAGGAGCUAAUAUGAAGUUAGCCAGCUAACGCUCUCGUGUGCAAGAAAACACCCUCCGCGCGAGCUGUUUCUGCUACCUAAUAUUGAAUUUUGCUCAUUUGAUGUUAGGAUAAUUAGGUCUUUGAGGUUUUGUUUUCAUGUUGAAUGCCUGAUCUGUCUAGGGGAGUGGUGGGUUGAUGUUCUGCCUUGCAUACUUCAGCCAAACCCACUCACAUUAAUAGGUCUUCAUUAGGGUUUAACACUUAAAUUAAUGCGUUUUGUGGCCGUUAAUCUAGAAGUCAUUCCCCUCUUAAUCUAGAAGCCCAUAUCAAAUGGACAGUCUUAUUUUUAGGGGGAGUACAGCUUAACUGAUCCAACAGGUUAUUAGGAUAUUAGUGUUAGUGGAUUGUUUAUUGGUCAGGUCUAUGGUUGUAAAGGGGAAUGAGGAUGAAUUGUGCAGGGAACGAGGUGUGACAGCUCGAGUUGUGGAUUGUCAUCAGGAAAUACAGAUUUGUAUGGAAUUAGGCAGCUGUAUUGGGUUUGGUUCGGCAACAUGGGGGUCUCGCAAGGGGGCAAGAAAUCAACUACAUAGUGUCUAAGUACAGUCUUGUUGACGUAAUGUAGUCUGUUUAGCAGAAGAGCCUUGUCUUUUCUCGAUAGUUGAUUAUUUUUUCGUAUUACUAUGUGCAUUGGUCUCCUGAUAAUUUAUUAAAAAGAUAGGAGAAUUGGAGCAACAGGUCAGUCUGGAUCAAGAAACACUGUCUUUCGUCUCUGGUUGGAGUAACACUCCCAAGCCAUCCUCAAUGCCUUCAGCGCUGGCCGUGUUCACCUGCCGCCCGAAUUCACACCCGUUUCAGGAACGCCAUGUCUACCUGGAUGAGCCGGUCAAGAUCGGGCGCUCCGUGGCCCGGUGCCGCCCUGCCCAGAAUAACGCCACCUUCGACUGCAAGGUGCUGUCCAGGAAUCACGCUCUGGUGUGGUUCGACCACAAGACAGGAAAGUUCUAUCUCCAGGACACCAAAAGCAGCAAUGGCACCUUCAUCAACAGCCAGCGUCUGAGCCGCGGGUCGGAGGAGAGCCCUCCCUGUGAGGUGCUCUCCGGUGACAUCAUUCAGUUUGGGGUGGAUGUGACAGAGAAUACCCGGAAAGUUACUCAUGGCUGUAUAGUGUCGACCAUCAAGCUCUUCUUACCAGAUGGCAUGGAAGCUCGCCGGCGAUCAGAUGUUGUUCCAGCACCACUGCCACUGGCUAUUGAUAAGGUGUCCGCAAAUACACCCAGUAUGUAUUCUCAGGAACUGUUUCAGCUCUCCCAGUACCUGCAGGAGGCCUUACACAGAGAACAGAUGCUGGAGCAGAAGUUGGCCACUCUGCAGAGGCUGCUGGCCAGCACACAGGAAGCAUCAGAGAGCAGCUGGCAGGCUUUAAUCGAUGAAGACCGGUUACUCUCUAGAUUGGAGGUGAUGGGAAAUCAGUUGCAAGCAUAUUCAAAAAACCAAACGGAAGACGGUAUCCGAAAGGAGCUUGUAGCCUUAACAGAGGACAAACACAAUUACGAGACGACAGCCAAAGAGUCCCUGAGGCGGGUCCUUCAGGAGAAAAUCGAGGUGGUCAGAAAACUGUCUGAGGUGGAGAGGAGCUUGAGUAACACAGAAGACGAGUGCACGCACCUGAGAGAGAUGAACGAACGCACACAGGAAGAGCUCAGAGAACUCGCCAACAAAUACAAUGGAGCCGUCAAUGAAAUUAAGGAUCUCACAGAAAAGAUCAAGUUGGCAGAGGGCAAACACGAGGAGCUCACUCAGAAAGGCCUGAAUGAGAAGAAAGAGCUACAGCUGAGGAUUGAAGAGAUGGAAGAGAAGGAACAGUCGCUUCAGGCUCGAAUCGAAGCUCUGCAGGCGGACAACGACUUCACAAAUGAGAGACUAACGGCCCUGCAAGUCCGGUUAGAACAGCUGCAGGAGAAAAGCAUAAAGGAAAACAACAGUUUAGACCACUUUCUUUUAAAGAGUGGAGGAGACUGCACUUUAAUCCAACAGUACAUUGAGUGUCAAUCGGUGAGGCAGCUGAAGGAAGCUGUGGACUCAUCCAUUAACAAGCUGUCCAACUUUGACGAGGUCAUUGAUGCGCAUCUUCAGAAUAACCAGACGACAGUGGACAACAGCUUGGCCAGUCCAGACAGGCUUAAAGAAAACCAAGUAGACGCUAAAGAGUGCGAUAUGUCAGAUACUCUGAGCCCCAGCAAGGACAAAAGCAGCGACGACACAUCAGACGGACAGAUGGAUGAACAAGAACUGAACGAGCCCCAGAACAGGGUUUCUCUUCUGAAAGAAAUGGACAGGAACCUGGAAGCUGGAGACACUGAGCAGGUCAUUCCACACCUCCACAGAGAGCUGCAGGAGGCCCAGGAGCUCGCCAACACUGGCAAACAGAAAUGCCUUGAACUUCAAGCCCUGCUGGAGGAGGAGAGGAAAACCAACAGACAGCAGACUGAAGAAUCUGCUAAACAGAUCCGCUUCUUACAGACUCAACUAGCGAAGCUCCAGUCUGACAUGGAGGCUUUGCGUGAGCAGAGGGAAAACACUAUUUCCACCACCCGAGAGGAGCUCUACAGUGCUCAGGAGGAGAUCCUGGUGCUCCGGCAUGCCAUGGAGGCCGCCACUGCCGAGCGGGAACGGGAUAUCGCCGCCCUGCAGGGAGACCUAAGCGUCGUCACCGCCGAACUGGACAAAUGGAGACAGACGGCAGCCAAGUAUGAAGUGGAGAUCAGCAACCUGCAGGCCAGCUUCCAGCUUCAGAGCCAGCACCAGGAAAGAGCUAGCCAACUCCAAGGUGAAUUGGAGAAGCUUCAGGCCGAGUGCUCUGGUCUGCAGAAAGAAUGUGACAGUCUUCGGGCUGAGAAGACAACGCUAAUGCAGAAACUCCACAGACUAGAGGAAGAGCUCGACAGCUCCAGAGAGCGGAGUGCGACGUUGAGCAGCAGCCUAAACGCUCUGGAGAAAUCCCAGGGUGACCUGGAGAAUAAACUGGGCUCAAUACAAGACCAGCACCAACAGGACGCUAGCAAACUGAAGGUCCAACUGGCCCAAGCAGAGACCCGUACCAGAGACCUGCAGAAGGAGUAUGACGACACUCAGAAUCUGCUGUCAGAUCUCCGGCAGCGGUAUGAGCAGACGGAGCAGGAGAAACUCUCCAUCAACGACGAGCUGGAACAGUGCAAGGUCAACCUCAAACUCCUGCAAGAGAAGGGCAGCAAUCCAUCCAUAUUGCAGCCUGUCCAAGCCAUUUUCAUCGGUCUAUUCCUGGUUUUGCUGUAUUGGUGCUUCGGCCAGUUGUGGUAGAAAGAGCGGAUGGAUGCCCUGGAUGCCGGUGGUUGCCGCCGUGGUUGCAGUGACGGCAGUGGUGCUUUAUCCCAACUUGUCCAAGACCUCCUCCUGAGAACGUUAACCAAUCACAACACUCGUCUCCACCACUUCCUGUCUCCGGCACGGCCCUCUGUCCAAUCCAACUUCAGUUUUAAUCUGGGCGCACGGCCUAAAUCUGAACGUAAUACCUCUCGUUUUGACAAUUACAGCCCCAAUGUCUGUGUAAAAUGCAAAUGUAUAUAGUAUAGAAAGAAAGAGGGAAUAAAGUUCUAAUGCAUAUUAUAGAAUAAAUAAUCUAUCUGCAUUUUUGUCACUUGGAUGGGAAUUUUGAUUAUUAAAAUGGCCUAAACUAGGUCUAACAUUCUUUUUUUGUUUGUUUUCUUGGAUGGGGUACCACGUUUUCUGUUAGCAAGUUUUUGUUUCUUGGACUCUUCUUGUGGUUUGCCAUGUUAGGUGUGGUAAACCUAAAUAGAUGUACAGCCAAAUGAGAGGGCACGGAGCGGCGAAGUGCCUACUUUAAAUACUACUAGGACUAGUUCACAUUGAAGUGCCACUCUUGAUCCACUCAUGCAGCGUAUCAAUUCGAUCUUGAAUAGAAAAAAAGUCUAAAUUUCACGUCAUCUGUGCUGUUAUUGUGUGUUCAAGCCGACAUGCUUCUAGCACAGUGAUGUCGUUGUUCUCUAUGGCUGUUUUCUCUUGUAUUAUGUAUAAUAAGCAAAUGUUCAUGUCAGAGACACUACAAAGUAUAUAGGUGAUUUUGAAACUCAACGUUCUUGACAUGUAGGAUUGUGGUCGAUGUCAAAUGUAUGGAAGCGUGUUUCCACCAUGAAAUAAAAAAAAAAAAAGGUAAUUGUGACUUUAUCUCACAAUUCUCAUAUAUAAACUCACAAUUGCGAGUUAUAAAGUCAGAAUUGCGUGAUAUAAAGUCGGAAUUGUAAGAUAUAAACUCGCAAUUGCCUGUUGUCCAAUUGUGAGGAAAAAAAGACUGAAGUUGUUUCUCAAUUGCGAGUUUAUAUCUCAAUUCUGACUUAAUAUCACGCAAUUCUGACUUUAUAACUCGCAAUUGCAUAUUAUAAAGUCAGAAUUGUGAGAUAUAAACUCAAUUCUGUCGUUGUAAGACGCGAUUGCGAGUUUAUAUCAUGCAAUUCUGAGAAAAAGAAUUGCCUGAUUAAAAACUUGCAAUUGUGAGAAAAUAUUCUAAAAUAUUAUAAUUCGCAAUUCUGACUCUAUAUCACAGUUCUGACUUUAUAAUUCGCAAUUGUGAGUUUAAAUCUUUCAAUUCGGAGAAAAAAAGUCAGAAAUGUGAGAUAUAAAGUCUGAUUAAAAACUUGCAAUUGCAAGAAAGUCAGAAUUGAAACUUUAUUUCGCAAUUCUGACUUUAUAACACACAGUUCUGACUUUCUAACUCGCAAUUGUGAGUUUAAAUCUCUCAAUUCGGAGAAAAAAAGUCAGAAUUGUAAGAUAAAAAUUCGCAAUUACCUUUAUUUUUAUUUAUUUUUUUAGUGGCGAAAACAAGCUUCCAUACAAAUGUAAUGAAGCAUUGACCUAAAAAAAAAAAAAAAAAAUGUUGUAGCUUUUUACCAACACACUGUCCUGCUGUCGGACUAAGAUUCGAGUCUUUUCUGUACUAAAACUCCUACAGUACCUCCUAAAAAAGGCUCUGUGAUUUUGCUGCCUUACCUGUAAAAUAGGUUCCUUCUUACAGAAUGAAAUUGGAUUGCUUUAAAAUGAAUGGGGGAAAAAUUGAUAAAUGGGUGGAAGUGUCACAAAUCCACUCCUGUGAAGCACAGAAAUGGGUGAGAGUGAAUUAUUUUGGGGGGUGAACGGAAUGAGUUGUUUAAAUUUGGAUGUGCAAAAGCUGCUUUGAGACUGGAGGAAGACGAAUUAACCAAUGAUGUGUUUGGUGUGUGGUUCACAUUUGUCUGCUGUGCUGUAAAUAAACAGUCAUGGAGCACAAAGCCUAACUCAUCUGGUUCAACGUGUCAAGGACUUUUGUUUUUGCAUCCUUUGUUGUUUUACUGGAAAGACAUACUCCAACAAAAAUCCAUUGAACGCUUCAACAUGGAUUUGACUACGAAUGCAAAAAAGCAAAGCUUGUAGCACAAAAAAAAAAAAAAAAAAAGGAUAGCUUUAAAAACAUUGAAAACAUAAUGCAUUCUUUAAGCAGCAUGAUGGACUUUUUAUUUUAAACAUCCGUUUGGAACGUCGUCCUUCACGUUAGAAUGCUCAUAGGCCGUUUGUAAAUAUGUAUGUAUGAAUGUUUGUGUGUAAAUAUAUGUUAUAGUCACAAAAUAAAAAAAUUGGAUAUAAAUGAUAUUGGUCAUAUCUAAUUUGCUGCUGGAGCCAGUUUUCAGGAUAUGAUGCAUUGGCCUUUUUCACUUCCUUUCAAUUGAGAUGUGAGUUCUCCGUUCCAGUUCAUUUUAAUGUAGUUUUAUAGAUGCAAAAUUUUUUUGGCUUGAACAUGCAGUUUUAAGUUUUUUGCAUGUUUGACACUUAUUGAAUUGUGCUGACCAAGGGAUUUUCUUUUAAAUUGCAAAUGAAAGAUUUGGAACGUGUUAAUUAGGUGGCUAAACGCAGGUUUUUGUAAGUUUGUUUUUUUGUUUCUCUGUCAAUUCAAAGAUGGUGGAAUGAAGUCAUAAGGUUAAAAUCAAAGCUAGGGUCUUUGGGGAAAAGAUAUCUUUAAACUGGUCACCAACCACGUCAGUACAGCACACUGCCUGUAUAUAGUUAUUUUCGUAAAUAUUGUUUUGUUUUUUUUUUCUUAAAUUGAGAGCUCAGUAUGACACUUUUGUUUUGAACAUCAAAUAUAGUUCACUGUCAGAAUUCUAUUUUGUAAGAACAGAAUGAUAUAAUACAGAUAAAGGGUAUUUGCACUAACAAGUGUGAUGUGCAUGACUUCAAUAAAACAACUUCACUUUC